UGAUGCGUUAAGUUAAACUGACUGAAUGAAAUGUACAUCUGAAAAAGACAAAUUAAGGAUGAAUUGAGAUGCAAAUGAGGAAGAGAAGAGAGGUUGUUUGUGAGGAGGGGGAUUGGGACUGAAUCAAGUGGACUAUCCUACAACUUAUCUGGUUUUUGCCAAACACUGUCUCAACGUCAGUCUUAACAAUUACUUCACGAGUGUCUGGCCAUGAACUAUUUCUUUUUUUUACUUCGUUUUAUCCCUGAAGUCUGCGUCCCGCCCCUAAAUUACCAUCUGUUGGAGAUACCAAAGCUGGGUGCGAACAAUUAGGAACAUCUGUCGGCUUUAAAUCCUUACAAAAACAUGUUGAUAUUAUUACUGAAAACAUCAUAUUCGUGAUAUGGAGAGAACGUACACUCCUUUUCAAGUCUGUAACGUUCUUAGAAUGUUUUUAUGCACCCAGUUUGUUUCUUUCAAUCCCGCAGCCGGAUUUGACAGAAUGCAGCAGAACCUUCGUCUCAAUUUUCAGCGGAAAAUAGAAAAUAUCCAUCUGAAAUAGAAACAGUCUGCUGCUGUACUUCCCAGUUUUUUUUUUCCGGGCUUACUUGCAGAUGUUGGAGAAAAUGAUAAGUCGCUCUGAAGAGAAAAAGCUAUUGUCUAAAAAUAAAGGAUACGAUGAAAGACUGACUCAGCGUAAAAGUCUGGAACGAGGCCCCAGGCAUUGUAUUUUGUACCACAGGUGCUUGCCGGGGUAAAAGAAUUGCAAGAUUCCGAAACACUUUGCUGAAGACGUAUACUGAUCGCAGAACCUGACAAAAUUCCAAGGCCUAAUUUCAACUGACACUUCGAAUAACUUUUUUUCUGCACCGCAAAGCCGCCAAAUGUUGAUUCCUGUAUUGAGCGAGGAGAAUGGAAAGAACCGGAAGCGGUCAUCCACGACAUUUAGGAUGAGAACUUAUGAGGAGGAAAAAAAGGUUGCUUUAGAAUUUAAAUAUUGACUAAGUUUUCUUUGUUGCAUAUUGAACCAAGCGGUCAAUAUUCAAACCAACUGUCAUAUCUAAGUCACGUUUGAUGGGCUGUCCUCGUCAACAGUAUCGGUUAAAACAUUAAUCCAAUGUCUAUUGUCCUGCUCUCUAGUUUAUUUUGUUUCAUUUUACAAUCAGAUUGUUGCAGAGGAUAUAUUUUCCUCAUAAACUUUGACGUAAGAGUCCAAGGAUAUUUUGCGUGACUGUUUGCGUUACACAGAAAAAAUGACAUCACCGGAACAUGAAACUUCGUGUUUGGCCUUAGGGCACUUGAAGGCCAACACACUUUGAGUAGGAAAAAACGGUUUUCUGAGUAGAUCAACUCUUCUUCAAACCAACUGAAACUUCGGAUCUACCAAAAAAAACCGAUUGGUUUGGCGAGCAAAUUGCAUGUGGAGAGAUCAGAGUCCACUGAAAUUUGUGUCUUAAAUUGAAGAGGAGCCGUCACGCUAGUAGCAUUGUACGGGAUUUCAAUUCAAACAUUUGAAUAGAGCUGUCAUGGGGUCUCGUCUGCCUACAGUUCGAAAACUAAAGAGUCUUCUCUACUGGUUUGUUAAUGGUUAUUUUUGAGGCAAUUUUCCGUCGAACAAGGAGCAGUGCGUGACUCUGAAAAUUUGCGCGCAGGACACAUUGAUUUUAACGGUCAACCUCCAUCAAGGCGGGAAAUAUGGAAUCUUCGCAAUCCAUCGCCGCAUUAGUCGGACUUGGGGUCUUAGUUUUCAUCCUUCUUCUCUCUAUCGUGGGAAUCGUUUACUUCAGGAAAUAUCUGACGAAAAUAAACGAUUCGAAAGCUUCGCGAAAGAUAGGAACCUACAUUUCGCCCAAAGAACCACCGGAAUUCGUUAUUCCACCCUAUACCCUGAUCGCGGAUGAAAGCGAUGGAGAAACUUUGAGCGACAUAGGAGACUCGAGAACAGACGAGAUAGGCGGAAAGUUUACCCCUCCGGCUUUUAGAAGAGCCAUUUCAAUGCCACCACCAUCAGAUCAGUCACGGAAUUCAAAACAAGAAAUCACUGAAGGACAAGAAGACAGCGGAGCUCCAGCGGUAGGAAUAGCAACGACGGAAUACCGCCCCCAGUACAGAAGAGCUGUUUCUCAGUAUGUGCCUUACUCAACUCAAACCAAGAGAGAGCCCGUGAAAAAAAUUUCGGUUGCUCCGUAUGGAAAACUGGAAGUUUCCGUGCAUUUUCUGACGGCUAAAAAAGUGCUUUUUGUGCAGGUUAAUGGCGCGUUUGAUCUUCCUCACGUGCGACUUUCUGGGAUCUCUACCCCGUAUGUCCGCGUACAUCUGUUAGCAGGGCAGCGUCACAGGGAUACCAGGUCAAACUUCUUGAAUCUCGGAACUAACCGAAUAUGCAUGUUUGAUCAAAUGACGAUGGAAGAAGCACAAAGUUCUACCCUAAAGUUUGUUGUCCUUGACUAUGACAAGUUUUCUCGGAGUGAAUUCGUGGCUGAGGUAAUGUUGUCGCUUCUCGAAGUGGAUUUAGAUGAAGGCACCACGUUGUCACUCCACCUGAACUACAAGACCAUCAAUGAGUCAGCUGACCGAGGUACCAUAACGCUGUCAGUAUGUCACCAACCUACUGCUAAUCACUUACAUGUGAUCGUUUUGAAAGCAAGUGGACUCCCUCUUCCCAAGUCAGAUGCUCCUGGAGGAUGUGAUACCUACGUAAAAGUUCUUCACAGCGUUCAGGGCAAAGUUGUUGAGCGCAAAAAGACCAAAGUGGUGAAGAAAUCUACUUCACCGGUUUUCAAUGAAGCCUUCGUCUUUGAUGUAAAAGAAGACGACUUAAGACGUUCCAGUAUCAGUUUUGAAGUGCAUCGAGGGGAUACAGUGUUAAAAACAGAGAGGAUCGGUCAUAUUACUCUGGGUUUGGAAUCGUUUGGCACUGAAGUACGACAGUGGAAUGAUGUGAUCACGUCACCGCUUAAGAGAGUAACGGAGACACAUUUGUUGCAUGCGUAAGGAUGGGAAAAACCGCUGGCAAGUCCUUGAGACUCGGCAGUACGUUUAAAGCGUACUUUUGGGCUUAUCUUUUGUAAACGUUUUCAGAGAAAAUUUCUGGAAGAAACAUUGAAAGCUGAACUUUACCACUAGGUUUUGUUCCUUGUUUCAUCAAUUUAUCAUUUUCACGUCGAACUCUUCCAAAAUUUGGAAACGAGGAAAUGUGGAAUGUGGACAAGAUAUAAACAGACAAAACCUGGAUUUCAAACUCAUAAAAUUUACUUUCCAUGGUAAUCAAAAUUUCAACCGAAUUGAUCUGUUCAAAAUGCCUAUUUUUAAAACUAUACUACAAAAGUUCAUUAUUUGAAUAUCUAGUGUUAUAUAAAAUGAUGCUCACAGUUUAUUAAAGUUCAAGAGCAUUAUUCAAUUGAUAGAAAAGUAAUUUUGGAUGGUAAAUUGGCCACCGUAACGAUUACAAAAGCUGACGUUUCGAGCGUUCGCCCUUCGUCGGAAGGAUAGAAAAGUAAUUCUCAAUUUUACGUCAAACUAUCCACUAAAUUAUGUAUAUAGUUACUAUUACUAAAUUCUAAAUAGAAUUGAUAUCCCAAAAACUAUUUUUGAGAAAAACUAUUUUAAAUGCUAGUAUUUUAAAAAUAAAGGAGACACUUUA